AGAGAGGGGGAGAGAGAGAGGCUGCCAUGACAGCGCUUCUUGAUGCACAAGUGUUUUGACUUGCGUGGACUUCUGUUAUAAUCUUGUUCUGAAUCAACUCAAACUACCUUUGCGUCAUUUUGUGUGGAUAAAGUCUUGAUCCAGUCAGCCAACAUGGGUAAAGUGGAAGGAGGGAUGAAAUGUGUGAAAUAUCUCUUGUUCGUCUUCAACUUCAUAUUUUGGCUGAUGGGAUCCUUUGUUAUGGCAGUGGGACUGUGGCUUCGUUUUGACCCCGAAACUGUGUCCUUGCUCAACGGUGAUAAGGCUCCGGACACAUACUUCAUUGGUGUGUACAUACUGAUUGGAGCAGGCAGUCUGGUGAUGUUGGUUGGUUUCUUCGGAUGCUGUGGAGCUGUUCGAGAGUCUCAGUGCCUGCUGGCUUCAUUCUUUGCCUGUCUGUUGAUCAUCUUUGGAGCUGAGGUGGCAGCAGGCGUGUUUGGAUUCCUAAACAAGGACAAGAUAAUUGAAGACGUUCAGAACUUCUAUGCCACGACCUACAAUGAAAAUACCAACAGCACACUGAUCACCUCGUACCAGAAAGUACUGAACUGCUGCGGGACGCUGGCUAACAACUGUCCCGAUCAAGAACCUGACAUGAAAGACUGCGAGACAGGCAUCAGGGAUUUCUUCAACAGUAAACUCUACAUCAUUGGCUACGUUGGCAUUGGCAUCGCUGGAGUUAUGAUCAUUGGGAUGAUCUUCAGCAUGGUGCUCUGCUGUGCUGUACGUAACAGCAGGGAGGUCAUCUAAAGGACUCUGGCACUCGAACUUAGCCCAGAGAGACUGCAGCCAAUAUCCAUCAUCUUUCAACUGAGCAUUGUCCUCUUCUGUCUUUCAUUUCAGUCACCACUUCCUACCAUGCUGAUGGGACUUAGCCCAUCUCUUAUGGAGUUAUAUUACAUUGCCCUUAAUAUUUUAACAGUUGUUUUGCUGUUGUGCCCCAUGGUCAUUUGGCAACUGCAAACCUAAAUACAGUACUUACACAAGGUUUUACAAACAGCCUUGAUAACAACCCCUCAGCUCGUGGGAAGACAGCAGACUCCAGAUUAAGUUUAUUUAUCUUCGCUAUUGAGUCACGCUUGCUCAUGUUUGCUCGCAAAACAUGAAAUUACAGCCAGCAACUGUCUCGGUUGACCAAACAUUAACAUUGUAAACAGAGGCAGAGAAGUAUAUUGUUGCUUUAAGUAAGUACCAAUGAUUGUCACACAAACACUAGGUGUGGUGAGGUUAUCCUCUGCAUUUGACCCAUCACCCUCACAGGUGAGGGGAGCAGUGAGCAGCAGCGCUGGUCGCGCCCGGGAAUCAUUUUUGGCGAUUUAACCCCCAAUUCCAACCCGUGAUGCUGAGUACCAAGCAGGGAGGUAAUGGGUCCCAUUUUUAUAGUCUUUGGUAUGACUCGGCCGGGGUUUGAACUCACGACCUACCUAUCUCAAGGCCGACACUCUAACCACUAGGCCACUUUAGUUAUCAAAUUAAACAUUUUUGGUACAGUAUACCCAAUAUAUUCUUUUAAAUCGGACCGUAAAAUUCUCGGCAUGUGAAUGUUGUCAACAUUCUCACCUAAGAGCAUAUUCACGAAUGAUGCAAAACUCAAUGAAUGAUUUUACUAGCUACAUUAUGGCGUCAAAACAGUGCCAAAAUCCAUCUUUUUUUUGCGCAAGCGCAGACUCAUUUUACGACGGUGCGGACAAUGUUUGCUCCUGCAUGGACUCUGUUUAUGAUUAGUCCAGUGGUUCUUAACCUUGUUGGAGGUACCGAACCCCACCAGUUUCAUAUGCGCAUUCACCGAACCCUUCUUUAGUGAAAAAUAAAAAAAAAAUGUUUUUUCAAAUUCAAGACAAAGUUACAUGUUUUUUUUACUGGUGCACAAAAUGAACCGUGCAUGAACAUCACCUUGUUCAAAGAACAAAACCAACACAGUGCAUGAACUCACAACAAAUUACACACUUGCAAAUCCGAUGGAAAAUUAGAGGGAACAUUGUUUGGUGGUAUCCAUAAUACGCAGAUAGGGAGAAGUUUUUAUUUACACGAUGAGGUGGGUGUGUCUUGACCUCUGCGGUGGAGGCUCCGCCGAACCCCUGAGGCCGACUCACCGAACCCCUAGGGUUCGAUCGAACCCAGGUUAAGAACCACUGGAUUAGUCACUUGAAACGCCUACAGUCUCCUGGUCAGAGCCAAAACGAGGGAACUGUUAUCGUCGAAUGGUGUCCCUUUGAAGAAGAGUAAAGAGAGUCUGAAGUUUAGACAAAAUAAGCCAUUACAUAAUUUCUUAUGAAUUAAGGUGCUUAAAAUAAAAACAAUAAAAUCACUCAAAUGUUAUCACAUUGUGAAGGCAUCACACUCGGGACUAUUGUGACAUCAGAGCAUUGAUAAAUUAGCUGCCUUGUAUCAUAUAAAAUAUUGGUACAUCUAUGUAAGGCAACAUUGCAAUGACCUGGUGGGGUUAUAUCCAGGAAAACAUGUUGCCAAUAGAUAUAAGCGGUCUUUACAAGUUGUUAAAGAUAGCGAUUUUUGACAUUUUCACACGGCAUUGUAAUGUUCUUGUGGUGUUGCUUGCAACUUGAUCCCAGGAAGCAUGACUGAAGGUGAAGUCCAGGCAAAUAGUCCAUUUAUAAGGUAGGCUACAAACCAGGGAGCACCAGUGUGGUCGAAGUCAGAGUGGACCACGAGUGAGUGUACAAAAAAAAACAGGAAUUGGGAAUAACAGGUAGUUCACAUAGAAUGCUAUUGCAGCAUGGAAGUGCACAAAAAACAAGAUGUAAUGCAGUCAAGGGCACAAAGCAAAAUCAUCCAGCCUCGUCCUACUGACGAAGCUGGCUUAAGAGGCAUCCUGAUUGGCAAACAGGGACAGGUGAGGGAGCCAGCGCUCGGACUACAGAAGCGGCAGAGGCAAACAGGAACAGGAAACAAAUUAAGAGUGCUGGACAAGAAAUAAUACUGAAAAUUAGAGAAACAAUAACCAAAAAGUCAAGGCAGUCGUGACAUCAUCAUGAUAACUUGUAAUGGCAUGGUUUAAUAGGUUGGAGCAUGUAUAUUAGAUGACAAAAUACACAAACAUUUGGUUAUUUUGUCUAAAAACUCUAAUCUUUUUCACAAGGGACACAAAAUAGUGUUUUUUUAUGCACCUGGAUUUUGACACAAUACUACAUUCUGUAAUACAAUAAAUUGAUAUUGCCCUUUAAGGAUGACAUCUAAUCACCAUUUGAAAGUAGGUGUGACAUAAAUAUCUUCUGGUCAUUUUACAGUCUCUUUCAACAAUGGCUAACGUAAGUCAGGAACAUGGAGUGUAUGUUGAUUGCAUGUUCGGAAGGCCAAGAUCAUGUGACCAUGUUGGCAGGCAAACAUAAACAAGCUUGGGGAAAUUCACCUAUCUAAGACUUUACAGUUUUUUCCAUUUGCUUACACACAAUUUUACUAACUACAUGUCUUUUUUCAAAAGAUAUGAACACUUUUCCAAACACCACAUUCAAUUUUCUUAAUUCCUAGAUUAUUUGCAGAAUGACAUACUUCGAUCAAAACAUAUGCCCAUUCAUCAAAAUAAAGCAAGCAUUUGUAAAAAUACAGUUUUAUAUUCAUCUCACUCACUCACACAGACGUCAAAUGAUAAGACACUAUUGGAGUGAGUUACCCAGAAGAGUAAUAAAUACAAAACACAUUUGUAAAAAAAACUAUUUUACUAUAAGUAAUCACAUGUUUGAGGCAUUUUGCCUGGCAUUUUUAACAUAUGUGAUGAAUGAUUACUGUAACUUGACAAAAUAUAUUGGCAAAUCCAUAGCAAUCGUCAUUAUUUACUUUGAAGUGGGCCUAUACGUAAGGACCUAAAGAAAAAGCAAAAAAUAUCCUGUAAUAUUUUCAAGAACUGCUCAACAAUGAUGAUGCAAACUGAAAAUAUGUAUUUUUACCACAGUCAGGUAAAGUAACAUAUCACAGUUGUCAACAAUCUGAGACAAAUAAAAAGGUUUGAAAAAUAAUCUGGAGAUAAAUAAAAAUGACAGCAUAGAGUGUAGGCUACAUGUGCAGGCUUAGGCAACAGCAACUCUAUGAAAGAAUAUACUCAAAACCCUCAGUUAUGAUUCUAAUCAUCACCUGCCCGUAGCUGGAUCAGGCCAUAUAUCUCAUCCACAUCACAUGUGCAAGAUGGGAAGGUGUGUGUAAAGCAUUGUGUGGAAUAUUUCACAAAAACUGUGAAGCAGAGUCUAUGCCUAAUAUUAGGCAAAUCUGCACAGUGGUUUUGCUUACUGUGUGUAGUCUUUGUUAACUGUGUGAACAUUUAAAAUGUAUUGUGUAAGCAAUUUGAAAAAACUGUAAUCAGCAUGCACCCUCUGCUUUGAAAAAAAAAAAGUUUGAGUGUAAGCGCUCCAUUGUGUGAAUAUAUAGUUGUACAUUUUAUGUGGAUGAUUUGAUUGUGCUGUGUGUAGAUAGAGGUUUGUAAUAGUUGAAUGUGUUUUGUAGUGGUAAAACAUCUACACGGCCAAAAACACAGCCUCUUAACGUGCCUUUUUCAAGCUUUUGUAGAGACAACAUGCUGCUGCAUGUAGAGGAAAUAGCAAUGCUGUCCAUAUGAUUGUGACGUUGGGACAGCAUUUAAUUAUCACUUUUUCAACGACUAGCACAUACUGUCACUCGACUCAUUUUUACUAUUAUUGUUUUUGUGUGUUUUAAAAUGUCACUGAAGUGUGUGAGGAAAAUCGGUUGAAAAGAAUGUUGAUUUUGUUAAUACACGUAAACAAGUUUUUUUUUCGUGGCGGCACAAGCAAAAGAGCGGAGGCUGACGUUACGCUGCAGGCUAAAAGACCCAACAGGAUGAACACAAUCCACACAGCUGUCCCAGCAACAAGAUAGCGUCAAGUUCCCUUCAAAAAAGAGUGUACACACCGUCAAGCCUUGUACUAGUCAGUUCUUUGUUAAUUUAUUUAAUUACCAUUCCAGGCUUCUCAGGACAACACAACAUGUGGUUGAAGUUUAAUAAAACAUUUGACGUUUUACAAGGUUUCCCGUCUC